ACAGAGGCUGAAAGCGUUUACUCAGAAAUUUUUUCUUUCUCAAACCUCUGCUCGUCGUUCAUUGAUUCCCCCGCCGCCAAUUGUCGGAUGCCAAAACGUCGAGCGAGACCGACGCUCUAUCCGCUUCGUCCCCUAAUCUCGAACACCUUCACUAAAGUUCUUUGAUCUCUGCAAUUCUGCCUUUUCCUUGUUGAGUUAUAUGCAGCCCUUUUCCCCUUUCUUCAAAUGCGCAUAGGGUUUCAAGAAUGAAGUUGCAUUGCUUUCAGAGAGCAUUCUUCCAUUCUUCACCUUCUUUAAUCCCAGUUCAACUCCCUGCUCCAAUGGAGACUCAUCUAUGGUAUAUGAAACCCAGUGAAGUGAAGAGUGAAUCUUUGUUAAAGGAAUAUUUGGAUAUUCUGUCGCCAUGUGAGAGGAAGAACGUGUUGCAAAUGGGGGGAGAGGAGCUGAGGAAGAGUGCUUUGCUAGCACGCGCCUUGGUUCGCACUACGAUUGCCAGAUAUCAGAUAAACUCAGAAAUUACACCCAGAUCAUUGAAGUUCCGGAAAAACAUACACGGGAAGCCUGAGGUGGAAUGGCAAUAUAGUGAUGAUUGGCAUCCGCCUUCACUGCAUUUCAACAUCUCACACACUUCUUCUUUGGUAGCCUGUGGAGUGACCGUCAAUUCUCAAAUCGGUAUUGAUGUGGAAGAAAAGCAUCGGAGUAUUAAACACAAUGUCUUAUCUUUUGCUCGACGUUAUUUCUCUGAACAUGAAGUUCAAUUCUUAGCUGCCAUUUCUGACCCACAAGUUCAGCGAAUGGAGUUUAUCAAAUUAUGGACACUCAAGGAGGCAUAUGUCAAAGCAUUAGGAAAGGGGUUUUCUGGUGCACCUUUCAAAACAUUUACCAUUCGCUCUAAGAGCGUUCCAGAAGAAGGCUUCAAUAAAUUGGAAGGUUCAAGUCUCAAGGCAUCUGAAAUAGUUGUCGAUUCUUUUGACAACCCCACUGUCCUUACAAGCAAUUGGCAGUUUUUGCUCUUAGAGUUGGCUAAUUCACAUUAUGCUGCAAUUUGCACAGAGAAGCAUGGUGCCUCUGAAGGUGACAGAAAUGUCCCUGUAAAGUUGACGGUGUGGAAGACAAUUCCGUUUUUAGAGGAUGAAUGCGUCUCUGGAACAGAUGCAGUUAAAACAAUAUGUGGUUUGUAAUGAGUCUGGACUUGCGAAAGUAUCAGUUGUAUCCCAGCUUCAAGUGCAGGAGAAUACAGUUUCCACCUGAGAUACCAUUUACCAAAUGCAUUUUUUGAUUACUCCAGAGGACCUCGGAAUGGUGCGUCCAUGCUCACUUUGUCCAGUUCCUUAGUGCAGUUCACAUUAAGUUGUGUUUUAGACUCAAAACUGUAUAUCUUGUGCGCCUGAUGAGUUCAGUUAAUAGUGUGUAGAAAGAUGCGACUGUGAGAAGUUCCAUAAAAUCUGAGAGCUUUCACUUUUUCUUUGGUUUCGGAUUCAGAUUUAGAAUAUCGUUGGUCAUACUGAACCUCAACUCUUCGCCAAAGUAAUUUAUACUUUUUGGCAGUUGUUUGGCCUAUUCAUAAUAGGUUUGCAGAACUGAUCCUAUAUGCCCUUUUCAGUAAAAUAAAUCUGGUAACCUUGAU